AUGGCCAACCCAGACCUCGAUCACAUCGACGAACAACUGCGUGACGACGUCCGCGCGCUGGGCAAUCUACUCGGGUCCAUCAUUGCUGAGGAUCAGGGUGCAGAUGCACUGGCGGAUAUUGAAACGGUACGGGCUCUGGCAAAGGAUGCCAGGGCUGCUGAGGUUACCAACUGGUCAGAGCUCAGCGCCUGGCUGGCUAAGCAAAACGAUCAGACGCUCGUAACCAUCGCCCGCGCCUUUAAUCAGUUUCUCAACCUCGCCAACAUCGCCGAACAGGCGCAUGUUGCGCGCCAACCUGACAUUGGGCUGACGCUGCCUGCAAAUGAGUCAGUGGCAUCCGCCGUAUCAGAACUCGCCAUUGAGCUGGUGCUCACCGCACAUCCGACCGAAGUGCUUCGCCGCACCAUGAUUCAGAAGUACGACGCCAUUGAAACAGCCCUGGGCAAGGACGCGGAACAGAAACACGCAGAACUGCAGCGGCUGAUUACAGAGGCCUGGCACAGCGACGAGAUUCGCAAGACCCGGCCCACCCCCCAGGACGAAGCCAAAUGGGGCUUUGCCGUUAUCGAAAGUUCGCUGUGGUACGCACUACCUGAUGCCUUGCGACACCUGGACGCUGCGUUGGCCAGGAGUGACCUGCCACCGAUACCACUGGACGCCACACCGUUGCGCAUUGCUACAUGGAUGGGCGGAGACCGGGACGGCAAUCCCAAUGUGACGGCCUUGAUUACCGAAGAAGUGCUGAUGCUUGGGCGCUGGAUGGCGGCAGACCUGUUUCUGCGCGACCUCGAGAACCUGCAGGGCGCGCUGUCGAUGACGCGCUGCAACGAUCAGCUGCGCAGCCGGGUGGGUGAUGCGAGUGAGCCUUAUCGGGCCGUGGUGAAAACGUUGCGCGACAAAAUGUUGCUGACUCGUGAUUGGGCUGAAGCACGCGCAGCCAAACCCGAUGGCGGUGUGCGGGCAAGUGACCCUGUCAGCCAGUCGAGCAUAUUCUGGCGCACGGACGAACUGCUGCAGCCGCUGCAGGAGCUGCAUGACUCGCUGGUUGAGUGUGGCAUGGCCACCAUUGCCGCGGGUCCAUUGCAGGACAGCAUCCGGCGAGCUGCCGCCUUCGGCCCGACACUCACACGCCUCGACAUUCGUCAGAGUUCAGAUCGCCACGCUGAUGCGUUUGAUGAGCUCACCCGCUAUUUGAACGUUGCGGAUGACAACAGUGGCUACAACGACUGGAGUGAAGCACGGCGCUGCGAGUUCCUGCUGCGCGAGCUCGACAGCAGGCGCCCGCUGUUUCCGACCACCUGGCCAGCCAGCGCUGAGGUGUCUGAAGUACUCGACACCUGCGCUUUGAUUGCUCGCCUUGAAGCCGCUGGUAUUGCGCAAUACGUGAUAUCUAUGGCCCGGCACCCAAGCGAUGUGCUGGCGGUCAUUCUGCUGUUGCGUGACGCCGGGCUGAAACAAAACCUGCCUAUCGUGCCGCUGUUCGAGACACUCGAUGACCUUGAACGCGCACCUGACACACUCAACGCUCUGCUCAGCAACACCUGGUACGCCAACUACUGCGGUCAGGAGCAGCAGGUGAUGAUCGGUUACUCCGAUUCAGCAAAAGACGCCGGCCAGUUUGCUGCGGCCUGGGCACAGUACGAAGCGCAGGAGCAGCUUGUCGCGGUUGCUGACAAACACCAGGUGAAACUCACACUCUUCCACGGCCGCGGCGGCGCUGUAGGUCGCGGGGGUGGUCCGGCGCAAACCGCGAUCCGCUCCCAACCACCUCAUUCUGUGAAUGGCAGACUGCGCGUUACCGAGCAGGGUGAAAUGAUUCGCUGGAAGCUUGGCACGCCCGAACUUGCCCGCAACAGCCUGACGGGCUACAUCAGCGCAACACUUGAAUCGUCGCUCAACCCGCCAGACCUGCCACGCCCGGAGUGGCGCGAGGCGAUGCAACGCAUGGCCGCCAGAUCAUUGUCAGCCUAUCGCGCAACGGUGCGUGACGACCCGAGUUUUGUCGCUUUAUUCCGCGCACUCACGCCGGAACGCGAACUCGGGAUUCUUGCUCUCGGCAGUCGUCCGGCUCGCCGGGCUGCCACUGACGAUGUGGCCAGCCUGCGAGCUAUUCCCUGGGUAUUUGCCUGGACUCAGAUUCGUCUGAUGCUGCCUGCGUGGUUAGGCACUGAGCGCGCCCUGGGCACGAGCCAGGAAGAACUGGCGGAACUGCGCGCCAUGCUCGACUGGCCGUUCUUUCGAAUGCAGAUUGAUAUGCUGGAGAUGGUACUCGCCAAGUGUGAACCCAGCCUCACCAGACUCUACGCGACAAAGUUACUGGGCGAUCUACCUGCAGAUUCAGUUGACGCGCUCUGCGAUCGACUUGCAGCGCUGCAAUCGACGGUGCUCAAACUGCGCGGCGCAGAUAAGUUGCUCACCAACGAACCGGCAUUGGCCGAAUCUUUAAGCGUUCGUAAUACCUAUCUCGACCCGUUGCAUGUCCUGCAGGCUGAGCUGCUUGCACGCUAUCGGGCGGAUGAACAACCAGACUCUGCUAUUGCACGGGCACUGCGUGUCACCAUGGCUGGGAUCUCCAGUGGGUUACGCAACACGGGUUGA